GACUUCAAAAAGAAUGGCUCAUAUGGCCAAAUUGAGUAUCGUAUCGCAAUUCCUGCUGAAAUUGGGAAUAGUUUCGAAAUUGCUCAAUUUGCACGACAUGGAAACGCGCUUUUAGCAUCAGCCACGGCAAAAUUCGUAUUUCCUUCUCGGACUACGCUUACCAACACUGCAUCAAGCCCAGGUGAAAGAAAACAGCUGACUCAAAUUCAUAACAGGUUUUCCAGGUAAACAUUUUUUGGUACUCCAGCGUCAUUUUUGCUGUAAAAAUAAAAUUACGACGUUUAAUAUAAAAAACGAGUGUUAUCACAAUAUUUUUGAGUAUCAAAUAAAGAUAUACCCUUAGACAACGAUUUUCCAACCUCGACCAGCAAGAUGGGUAAUCAGCUGGUGGGUAUAGCACCGUCGCAAAUUUACCCAAUGGAUCACUAUUUCUCGGGCUCCGAAAUUAUUUUCGAAUCAAACAUGGGUAGCACACGCUUCUUCAAAGUGGCUAAAGCGAAAUCCGAGGAAGGUUUAGUGGUAGUGAAAGUCUUCGUAAGGCAUGAUCCUACGCUGCCGCUGGAAAAUCACAAGGAACGUUUGGAAUACAUUAAGAAGACACUAGCCAAUGCAGUUAAUUGCUUACCCUUUCAGAGGGUAGUGUUAACUGAUAAAGCCGCGUAUAUAAUGCGUGAAUACGUAAAGAAUAGCUUGUACGACCGCGUUUCCACGCGUCCAUUCCUCACAACUCUAGAGAAAAAGUGGAUUACAUUUCAAAUUCUUUGUGCUCUAAAUCAGUGCCACAAGCAAAAAAUUUGUCAUGGCGAUAUAAAGCUUGAGAAUAUAUUAAUAACUUCAUGGAAUUGGGUUUUGUUAUCUGACUUUGCUUCCUUUAAACCUACUUACCUCCCAGAAGAUAACCCCGCGGACUAUACGUAUUUCUUUGACACAAGUAGACGACGUACGUGUUAUAUUGCACCUGAACGUUUCGUGUCUUUUUCAUCUGAUGAUGCAGAAGGCUAUGGCGCUAUGCUUCCUACUGAUUCCUUAGUACGCUUGGGGCCCUACAUAUCUGAUAAUACAUUGACGCCAGCUAUGGACAUAUUCUCUGCAGGUUGCGCGCUUUUGGAGCUAUGGACGGAGGGUGCCGCACCGUUCGAACUAUCCCAGCUACUCGCUUACCGUAGCGGUGAUAAUGACUUAGUGACUAAACAUUUGGAAAGUAUUGAAAACGAGCAUUUGCAUUCGCUGCUUUCCUCCAUGAUAAACUUAAACUCCACGUGCCGCAAGAGUGCUGAAGAUUAUUUGGACGAAGAACGUGGUCGUCUAUUUCCGGAAUACUUUUACUCUUUUCUGCAAUCCUAUUUGCAAAUGUUUUCGUCAUCGCCAAUAAUGUCUCCAGAUGAUAAAAUUUUACGUCUACAUUCCGACAUUGGUCAUUGUAUCACAGUACUAACCAAUGUCACUGAUUUAACGCCAGAUGAAGGCGAUGUAGCAGGAGCUCGAUGCAUUGAAAAGAUAUGUCCACGUUUACCAGCUGAGCAAGAUGGCCUAAUUUUAAUAAUCACGGUAGUUACCUCCUGCAUACGUGGCCUGAAGCAAUCUAAUACAAAAAUUUGUUCGCUUGAAAUUCUACAAAAGCUUUGCAAUUACACAACAUCAGAUACAAUUUUGGAUCGCAUAUUGCCUUAUAUUCUUUAUCUGGCACAAAACUCCUCAGCAAAAGUUCAAGUCGAAGCAAUUGAAACGCUUACGGCUUGCCUCAGCAUGGUCAGGCAUAUACCGCUUAGUGAUGCAAAUGUUUUCCCCGAAUAUAUUUUGCCAUCCAUAGCAAAACUGUCGGGAGAGCCGAGCGCUGUUAUUGUGCGCGUAGCGUUUGCACGAAAUAUUGCCAAACUCGCCAAAAUCGCGAUUUACUUUUUGGAGGAGACCCAACGUAAUGCACCGAAUGAUAUGCCCGCUCGCAGAUAUGAGGCUGAAUUAAAUGCAUUGCAUGACAUAAUCCAGCAGAACGUAUUAAGCCUUCUAACUGAUGCAAGGCCAAUUGUUAAGCAAACACUCAUCGAAUCAGGGAUUUGUGAUUUAUGCGGCUUCUUUGGCAAAGAGAAAGCUAAUGAUAUUAUACUUUCUCACAUAAUGACAUUCCUAAAUGAUGAGGAUAAAAAUUUGCGCGGCUCAUUCUAUGAUAACAUUGCCGGUGUUGCUGGCUAUGUUGGUUGGCAGGCAUCCGAUAUACUCGUGCCUCUUUUGCAGCAGGGCUUUACGGACCGUGAAGAGUUUGUCAUAAGCAAGGCAAUACGUGCUAUCACUACUCUCAUAGAAUUAGGCCAUAUUAAGAAGCCAACAAUCACCGAGGUUAUUAAGGAAACUGCUUGUUAUUUAUGUCAUCCUAACUUGUGGAUACGGCACGAAAUUUGUGGCAUGAUCUCAACAGCGGCACGCACAUUGAGUGCCAUAGAUGUGCAUGUAAAGAUAAUGCCGGCGAUAAGCAAGUUUCUAAAAAUGCCUUUAAUUCAAGUCGAAAGGCCAGACUUGCUAUUGGAUUGUUUGCAGCCACCUAUUCCCCAACAAAUUUACGACAGUAUAUUGAGGUUUAACGACAUUCAGAUGUUUGUGAAAGAACUGGAAGCUCGCGCCAAAGCUCGCAAUAACCCAAGGCAAGCAAAUCUGCACCAACUUGAUGAAUCCAGCCAAGCUUUACGAAAUCUUUUUUGCCGCUUGACCUCAGAAGGUCUUAAUGAUUUGGUGGAAAUGCAGCUUCUCGCCUUUCAGCCUUAUUGGUUCAAACUUAAGCAUAAAUCGCAGCAAGAUGUGGAUGAGCCCUUCUCCGGUAAUGGUCGUAUAGUGAUUAACCCCAAAUAUGUGCAAUGCCAUGACUACCCACUAGUUGAGAAGCUAGCAAAAUCGCCACAGGAAGCACGCGCAAGUGAAGGGAUUCUAUCUGCCACUGCAUCAACUGCAUCGGAUGCUGCUAUCUCGUCUCUUGGCGGCGCGGCUGGCAGCCCACCGACUGGCAUUACCAUAGUGGGCGGUGUUGUUCAACAGGCACCAAUAGUUAGCGCCGCCACUUCACUCGGAGAGUAUACAAUGCCUGAACGCAACUAUUGGCAAGAACGUUCGUCGGAGUGCCGAAAAGAUUUAGACGCACUGCGAUAUUCCUUUAAAACUCGUUACAGUAUGCUAGCAUUUUCACAUCACAGCCAUAACGAAAGGCUAAACUCGUCCUAUCCACCAGGUUGGUCUCUUAAUGGCACGAUGAUAGCUCAUCUUCACGAACAUUCCGAGUCAGUAAUUAGAAUGACAUCGUUAAGGCCGAACGGUCCUAUCUUCGCAAGUGGCAGCGUUGAUGGCACAGUGAGGCUUUGGGAUUGUAAUAAAUUGAAUGUCAAUCAGGGCAUCAAUAGGUCGCGUCAAGUUUACUCAGCUAAUACACCGAUUUAUUCACUGGUUGCUUGCGACAGCGGUCAGUCGUUGGCAGUUGGUGGCAAGGAUGGCAGUUUAUUAAUUAUGCGUAUUGAUAGGAAUUCAUCAAAAAUGGCGUUGCAACAAGCAUUGCAUUUAGACGAAGAUGACCAAAGCGAUGGACCCGUUGUGGAUAUGCAAACCUAUGAUCAAAGCGUUAUCAUCUAUGCCACGGUAUAUGGCGCCAUCGUUGGAUGGGAUACACGGGUGCAAAAGCCCGUUUGGCGUUUAGAGAAUGAACUGCAACAUGGUGUUAUAACAACAAUAUGCGUUGACCCAGCUGGCUCGUGGUUAGCUACCGGCACUAGUGGUGGAAAACAUAUUUGUUGGGAUUUGCGUUUCCAACUGCCAAUUGCCGAAAUUAAACAUCCCACUGGGUCGAGGAUACGCAAAGUUGCCUGCCAUCCAACAGAACCUUCAUAUUUAAUUUCAGCCUCACAGUCGAAUAAUGAAGUCUCUUUGUGGAAUAUUGAAACGGGUCAUCGCCAAACAGUAUUGUGGGCCAGUUCAGCAUCUGUGCUUUCAAAUACCCACACAAAUGAAACAUCGACAUCAUGUGGGAUUUUGAGCGGUGUAGUGGACAAAACACCAUUCAUACUAACUGGCAGCUCAGAUCAACGUAUACGUUAUUGGGACCUGAACGAGCCUAAGAAUUCAUCACUGAAAGUACCUGCUGCCAAAGACAAUCUUGAAGACGUUUCAUUCAACUAUGAUUCACAGAUGAUUGACGGCAGUCAAGUAAUUUUCGAACAAACAGCCUCAUUGAGUAAUCCGUCAGAUAUAAAUUCAGCAAGCUGUUCAAUGGAGGAAAAUCCUCGUUCGGGACCAGAUAUGCCGUCGCCAUGUCACCAUGAUGCCAUCACUGAUUUAUUAAUGUGUAAAACGGAUAAAGGACAGAUCUUUAUUGCAUCUGCUGCGCGUGAUGGUGUUAUCAAGUUAUGGAAGUAGACAAAUAUUUAUUUUUAUUUAUAAAUUAUUAAUCAUACACAAAUGCACUGUAUAGAUUUUAAAUAUUUUUUAUGCAUAUGUACAUAUGUAUAUGCACAUCGGUACAUGUACGUAUGUCUGUGAUUCGUCAUAUAUCAUCUCAAAUGCACUUUGUGUCUAACACAUACUUUAAUGAUGCAUAAAGUUUCGUUUAAAAACGGCGAUAAUUCUGAAAAUUUUGUUUUUCAUGUUGAUCCAUUUUAAUUUUAAUUCAUGAAAAAGUGAGCAAAACUGCUAUUACUUUAUGUAUUGUAUGUAUAUGUUUAUGUACGUAUGUGAAACAUUCAAUAAAAUAUCAAAUUUAUUAAGAUAUAACCCCCAACAGUUCAAAAUGGCUCCUCGACGAGUACGAUCGUGCUGACCUGUCGAGUUUUGUUAAAGCAAGUAUCUGAUUAAUAUACACACAAAAAUGAAGUCGGUUCAUUAAAUAUAACAUUAAAACAAGAG